CCCACGGGGCCCACCCAGACCGGGCCCCCCGUGCCCGCUCUGGUACCGCCAGUGCAGGAACAUCGGCGGCGGUCCAGCGGCGCGCUGGGGCUCUUGGGCGCCCUCAACGAGAACAACCUCCACGCCACGCCCAGACCAAACCGCGCGGCGAGCGUGGGGCUCCCCGACCAGAAGCAGACCGCGUUCAUGGAGCUGCUCGCCAAGACCACCUCCCUGGCGCCGCCCGCCGCCUCGACGCUGCUGCAGCGGCGCCACUCGGCCCACUGCGCCUCCACCAGCAGCAACGCCGGGCUCAGCCUGAGCCCCGGCACGCCAGCGGGCCCCCCUCCGCCGGUCCCCGUGCGCACCAAGCCGGGCCCUCCGCCGCCCAUCUGCCAGCUGCUGAACAACAUACCGUCCCGGUCCAUGUCGAUGGGACCGCCCGCCCUGCCGCCGCCCCCGGGCCACGGCCACCGCCCCGCCCCCAACGCGCAGCGGCGGUCCUCGCACGGCGCUCCCGGCGCCGCCCCCCUCGCCGCGCCGCUGCCCCUGGUGUCUGCCUUCAGCGCUCUUACGGAGAUCCGAUGCCAGCCCGCCAGCAGCAACACCUUGGCGGCCGCGGCGGCCCCGGACCCCGCCGCGCUGUGGGGGCAGCGCCGGGCCAACGAGGACGAGGUGGACGAGGCCGGACAGAAGGUGCAGCUGCGCCAGGACUCGUCGGUGUCCUCCGACUCGUACAGCCAGACGUCGUCGCCGAGCUACACCAGCAAGACCAUGGAGACGCCCCUGCUGCCACACCACAAGGCCAAGAAGAAGUCGUCCGUAUCCGGGUACGGCGCGGGCCGGCCCCUCACCCGCAGCGCUGGCGUGGUGGGCUCGGAGGACUCGUGCACCGACUCGGCCAUCGGCUCCGCGUCGACGGGCGACCGGUCCGGCUCCACCUCCGCCAUCACCAAGAGCAACUCCACCCCCGCCUCGCUGCAGGCUGUGGUGCGGCUGAGCGCGUGCGGCUCCAACAUGUCGCUGCACCACAAGAUCAUCCGAGACCACAUUCGCCGGCCGUCGGUGCUGCGGCCCAGAAACAUCAAGUUCAACAAGUUCCAGGCCAUGCAGCUCGUGUUCAACGCCAUCGCCCUGAUCGCCAUCGCGCUCGGACUCACGGCCUACUUCCGUGCGAACCCCUCCGUCAAGUACAUUAACACGGAGGUGGGCAACCCACUGCCCGGCGUGUGCAUGCCCGUGAUCGUCACCUUCUGCCUGAACCACCGCAUCCCCUACAACUACACCAUGGUGCCCAGCUACGUCGGCCACAUGUCGCAGACGGACGCGCAACAGGACAUCCAGUUCUACGACGCGCUGGUGGACGUGCACUGCUACGAGCUGUCCGCGCUGUUCCUGUGCACCAUCUUCGCGCCCAAGUGCGGCGCGGGCGGCAAGCAGGUCAAGCCGUGCCGCAGCCUGUGCAAGGAGAUGAUGCGCCGCUGCGAGUUCUUCCUGGAGGUGUUCGGCCUCCACUUCGAGCAGCUCGUCCGCUGCGAGAACUUCCCGGCGUACGGCGGCGAGGGCUACGGCUCCGAGGUGGAGGAGUGCGUCGGCCACCACGAGUACCUGGAGGCGGAGCAGCGCGCCGAGGCGCCAGCUUGCGUGGACGGCUUCCUCUGCGACCGGACGCGCUGCGUGCCCAAGGACUUCCGGUGCGACGGCCACCAGGACUGCGUGGACGAGUCCGACGAGCGGGGCUGCGACUGCCCAGCAGGGAUGGUUCACUGUGGAGACCAGAAGUGCAUCACGCACGAGCACAUCUGCAACGGGCUGGUAGAGUGUCCUUACGGCCAGGACGAGCGCAACUGCAUGCGGCUGUCCGACUCCAUGGGGGACGUGGGCUCCGGCAACCUGGAGGUGUUCCACCCCGCGACCAAGGAGUGGAAGCCGGCCUGCGUGGAGGACAACUGGCAGGACGGCCCCUCCACGGAGCACAUCUGCGACCUCAUGGGCUACAACAACGCCAACUCCAGCCAGCUGUCGCUGGGCAUGGCCGGCGUGAUGCCACCCGCCAUGAACCGCGGCACCAUCCCCGUGCACAAGACGUCGCGCUCCGAGCUGUACGCGCAUCUCCGGAACUGCUCGGCGCACACGCCGUCCGUCAACCUGUCCUGCUACAACUACAAGUGUGGGCGGCGCCGCCAGCAGCGCUCGGCACGCAUCAUCGGAGGGUCACCCUCGCGGGUCGGGGAUUGGCCCUUCCUCGCAGCGCUGCUCGGCGGCCCAGAGAAGGUCUUCUACUGCGCCGGCGUGCUCAUCAGCGACCAGUGGCUGCUCACCGCGUCCCACUGCGUCGGCAACCUCAGCACCAACAACUACAGUGGCUGGACCAUUCAGCUGGGGAUGACGCGCAGGAACUCGCACUCCUUCUUUGGGCAGACCAUCAAGGUAAAGACGGUGCUGCAGCACCCCGACUACAACAUGGCGCACGACAACGACGUCGCCCUGUUCCAGCUGAAGGAGAAAGUCAAGUUCAACGAGCACCUGCUGCCCGUGUGCCUGCCCCCCGCGGACUACAACCUCAAGCCGGGCACCAACUGCACCGUCAUUGGCUGGGGCAAGAAGGAGAACAAUGUGUCGUCGUACGAGACCACGGUCAACGAGGCCAUCGUGCCCAUCCUGAACCGGUCGCUGUGCAACAGCUGGCUGUCCGAGCAGAGCCUCAAGGUGACGGAGGGCAUGAUCUGCGCCGGCUACGAGAUCGGGGGCACCGACGCUUGCCAGGGCGACUCUGGCGGCCCGCUGCUGUGCCCCGACGAGAAGGACCCCGGGCGCUGGAUCGUGGUGGGCAUCGUGAGCUGGGGCAUCAAGUGUGCGCACCCCCGCCUGCCCGGCGUGUACGCCUACGUGCCCAAGUACGUCCAGUGGAUCCAGCACAAGAUGCGCGAAGACACCGACGCGACGCUGGACUGAAGACUUCCAGCCGACGCUCGCUCGCGCCAACUUCGCGGCGUUCACGCGUUCUUAUUUCUCAAGGGGCGACGAAUUCGUUUUGUAAUUUUCAUUUGAGAUUGGGUGGAAUUUACUGGCAGGCGGGCAUCCGCUGGUGGUGCCUGUUGC